AUGGCGGCGCAAGCGGCGUUAAUCGCCGAUACAAUCACAGGCAUGAAGCGGGCGUUGCGCAGAGAGCGUGAGGACAACGGCCCAGACGAUCCGAUCAUGGCGCCUACGAACCGGGGUACCAAAAUGCACGCCAAUGCUAAGUUUGUGAGCGAGGGCGCGCUCGGAUAUAUCAAUGGCGAGAAUUUCUAUAAACAGAAAAUUGAACAUGCAGGUUACACGCGGCAUAUUCUGCAGCAGAAUCCGACUCGCUAUGAUUCUGAAGGCGACGAGCUUGAUGAGGAGGAUGAAGAUUCAGAGGCUGAUGUCGCGGCCGCGGAAGAGAACCCGUUUUCUGGGAUUGCGCUCGAGACUCUUCUGUGUCCCCUGAAACAUCCCUCGGAACUCCCUACGCACCCGUCCAUGUCCCAACCGUACACUUCGCAAGCUCUGGAGCAGAUGACUCAAGCGGUUGAUUUGAAGCUUCGCCAGGAGCGGGCUUUGCUUUGGCGCGCGAGGAACCUACACAGGCAAUUCCUUGGGGAUGGUGGGUGGAUGCCAUGUAGUGUGAUGGAGACACCUGAUGACCGCUGGAUCUUCGAGCCCAGGAUUAUGGGCAAUGACCCAAGUGCAGCUGGCCAGAAUGGACCCAGUCGGCCUAUCACUCCUUAUCCUACGGAAACCAGUGCUCCGCAGGAUAUUGCACAACAGUCUUCAGAAAAUAGGGCCCAGGAUGAGGCUCAACCACAGUCAACGAAUGACGUGGAGAUGGCCGAGGCACCAGAGACAGAAGCUAACAAGCCUGACCCGCAACUAAAAUCAGAAGAGACUGAUGCGAUGGUCAAGGAUCUGCCACCUCACAACGAUCUACAGGAAAAUGAUCAAGCAGAGGCCGAUAACGAAAACCAAGACAUGGGCACGCCCAAAGACGACGAGCCCGAAGACGGAGAAGACCAAGAAAUGCAUGACGAUUCAUCACCAGAGCCCCUUCGACGAAUGACAACUCGCGCCCAAGCCAACGCCGACACUGACGGAUCUCCCGUCUCCUCUGCCGGCUCGACAUCAACCCUCCCCACCCCACAUCCUCUCUUCCUAGUCCCGGAAAACGUUCGCCCAGACGCGAACUUCGGCUUACCUCCCGCCGAAGCCGAAGAAACGCGCCGACUGCUUUGGUCAUACAUCCAGAAACAAGAAGAGACAGUGCGUGGUUUCGAACACAUGCUGGAUUCACUGAUCAAGUCUGCACGAAUGAAAUCUGACGUGCUGGAAUGGUGUAAAGCCGAAGGCCAUGUUGGAGAGAUGAGUGAUGGCGAGGAUUGGUAUGACCGUGAAAAGUGGGGACUUGCCGACGGGGAAGAUCUCAAGAAAGGAACCGACGAAGACGAAAUUGAGACCGUUGACGAAAGCCGAACGCAGGCCAAGAGAGGGAGAGGCAGACGGCAAUAG